AUGGAUGGCGCGCUUCACAGAGAUGCUGCCGGCCACUUUACUGCCGCGGUCAACGCUGGCGCUUUCUUUUCAAAAUUGGACAUCCAUUCUAUGUACGAGGACUUUGUUGUGCUUUUCGGCUGGGACCUCAAGUCCUUGUGGCAAACCGCAAACCAACAACGCUGUCACGCACUUGUUCGGGCAGGUAAAGUUGGGGCUACCCUCGAAGCGUAUCGAUAUAUGAUGGACAUGAGUGACGAACCCACGAAGGCCAUCUUCCGUGCUUGGGUUCCUGGCAAGUCUUCUGCGUGCCAUUCAUACUACAAUUCUCACUUAUGUGUCCCUCAGCUCUCGAUGAAGAAUAGCUAA